UUUACUAAAAAACGUCAACAUCCGGAAAUUGGAGCUGCGACCGGAGAUAUUUUGCCAAUUGAAGUGGCUUAUUAUCCUCGUAAAGAAGGCGAACCUGAGUUCACUGGAAACUUGGGAGAUAUUAUGAAAGAAUCCUGCACGGUGGCUCUGGAUUAUAUUCGAGCCAAUUGUGAAAAAUUUGGUAUCGACCCAAAAAAAUUUUCUCAAAAUAAAAUUCGUAUUCAUGCUGUAGAGGGUGCUGUUCCCAAAGAAGGUCCUAGUGCUGGUAUUGCUUUAACUUCGGCCAUUAUUUCGGCUCUCACCAAACAAGCCAUCUCUACCGAAGUGGGAAUGACCGGAGAAAUUACUCUUCACGGUCACGUGGAAGCGAUUGGGGGUUUGAAGGAAAAAGCCAUUGCCGCCCAUCGUAGCGGAUUAAAAACAAUUAUAAUUCCCAAAGCCAAUGAAAAAGAUAUUGACGAUAUUCCUGAAGAAGUUCGACAAAAUCUAGAAAUUAUCACGGUUGAUGAGUAUGAAAAG